UCAUAGGUUCAUUAUUUGUUAUUAAAUUCUAUUUUUUAAACCACUGUCUAUUCCUUUUUCCGACUAAGAAGCAUCACUUCACAACUCCCUCGCCCUUCAAAAUUGCUCCUGCUCAGAUCUCAUCAUAGACCACCUAAAAUCCAUCUUCCAUACCCACAAAAUUCUGAUCUAUUUUUCUGUGUUUCAGAUAGGUUUUAAAUGGCCAGGAGAGCAGAUGAUGAGUAUGAUUAUCUUUUCAAAGUGGUAUUGAUUGGAGAUUCAGGAGUUGGGAAGUCCAAUCUGCUUUCCAGAUUCACUCGCAAUGAAUUCUGCCUUGAGUCAAAAUCCACCAUAGGUGUGGAGUUCGCAACUCGGACCGUUCAGGUUGAAGGGAAGACGGUAAAAGCACAAAUAUGGGAUACUGCUGGCCAGGAGCGAUACAGAGCAAUUACAAGUGCUUACUAUCGAGGAGCUGUUGGGGCUUUGCUAGUUUAUGAUAUCACUAAGCCUACAACUUUUGAAAAUGUUGGAAGAUGGCUGAAAGAGCUCAGAGACCAUGCAGAUUCUAACAUAGUGAUCAUGCUAGUGGGUAACAAAUCUGAUCUGAAGCAUCUGCGGGGGGUGGCAACAGAAGAUGCUCAGAGCUUUGCUGAGAAAGAAGGUUUAUCAUUUUUAGAGACAUCAGCACUUGAAGCCACUAAUGUUGAGAAAGCUUUUCAAACAAUUCUGGGUGAGAUUCACAGGAUAAUCAGUAAGAAAGCUCUUGCUUCAGAGGAGGCUGCAGGAGCUGGUAUCAAAGAGGGCAAGACUAUUAUUGUUGCAGAAUCUGAUACUAACUCAAAGAAGGGCUGUUGUUCAUAGCAACAUCAUAACAAGCUCUGAAAUAUGGUAUUAUAUCUCAAUUGCAUUUUUUGAGGCAUUUGGUAGUCUUUAUCUAAUACCACUUAUAACUGUAUUUUGCUCAUCCUUGAUGGUAACUUGUAGUUGCCACUUUCUUGAGUGUUUUGUUUCUGCAAGAUAGUAUUUGUUUCAGGAGUAAUGAGCAUGGCACUUUCAUAUUUAUUUUAAGUAGAAAGAUUUUUCAUUUUUA